AUGCCUUCCAUAUCGCUAGCAUUCAUUUUUGUUCAAACUCACGUUUCUUUUCUCACUAGCGCCCUUGGAACACCAUUAGAGUGGCCUGAGGCAAAGAAGAUCGCAAAUCAGGUCAGAGGUUGGGGUAUCGAGCAAUUAUUGACAACUUGGCGAAGAGCAAAAGGCAAAGAAAGAGAUGCUCUUCUGUGGGGCGAUGAAGUAGAGUACCUCGUUGUGUGCUUUGAUGAGGAGAACCGAAGAGUGCGACUCUCCCUUCGACAGGCUGACAUCCUUCAAGCGCUAGCCGAAGAUGAGAAGUUACUGAAGCAGGGUGGUAGUGUGCCUGACGUGCAGACAGGAAAUCCAAAACCCGAGAAAUGUGCUCCGACUUUUCACCCUGAGUUUGGUAGAUUCAUGCUCGAAGCCACGCCCGGUAAGCCUUGGGGUAUAGGGUUUAAGGAGCUCCUUGAUGUGGAACCGGACAUGAAAUGGCGACGCCAAAUCGCCAAAGAGCACAUGGGAGGUACGGAAUACCCAAUUACUCUAACCACGUUUCCCCGGUUAGGCCGCCCAGACUGUACGGUUCCGAGCUAUGAGACCUCAGGGCCAAAACUUCGAUCACAGUUCUUACCGGAUGAGAUCGCGAAUCCUCACAUACGCUUCCCGACCCUGGCCGCGAAUAUACGUUGGCGAAGAGGCCGCAAAGUGCAGGUCAAUGUGCCUGUCUUUCACGAUUCGCAGACACCCCGUCCCUUCAAAGACCCAACAGUGGACUACGAUCUACAUAAAUGGCCGGAGGAUGACGACGUACGCAAUGGUGCUGUCAAGGACGAAUACAUCCACAUGGACGCUAUGGCCUUCGGGAUGGGUAGCUGCUGCCUGCAGAUCACAUUCCAAGCCAAAAGUAUCGAUGAGGGUCGGAAGAUGUAUGAUCAACUCAGUCCUUUGGGGCCCAUAUUCCUCGCAUUGACCGCUGCUACCCCUGUAUAUAAAGGUUUCCUUGCCGAUACAGACGUUCGUUGGAACCAGAUUAGCAGAGCUGUCGACGAUAGAACUGCUGAAGAGUUAGGCGAGAAGCCGCUCCAGAAUGAUCGUUGGAGGAUACCUAAGUCCAGAUAUGCAUCUAACUCGACUUACAUCGCAAACGAUCCGCGAUUACGGAAGGAAUAUCUCGACCCUGAUCUGAUUGUUGACGGCGAUCUGAAACAACGCCUUGUGCAAGGCGGUAUGGAUGAUCUCCUUGCCACACAUUUUGCGCAUUUGUUCAUUCGUGACCCAAUCGUUGUAUUCGCCGAGGAUCUCAAAGAGCUAGACCUGGAAAAAGUCGAUCAUUUUGAGAAUUUGCAGUCGACUAACUGGCAACACAUGCGAUUCAAGCCACCGCCAGCUGGUUCUGACAUUGGCUGGCGUGUCGAAUUUAGGUCGAUGGAAAUACAAAUCACCGACUUUGAGAAUGCCGCGUUUGCUAUUUUCAUUGUCCUGAUUACAAGAGCCAUACUCAGCUUCGAUCUCAACUUCUACAUGCCCAUAGCUCGCGUCACGGAGAACAUGGAGACCGCUCACGCACGUGAUGCUGUCCUGUCUAGUGUAUUCCACUUCAGAAAGAAUCCCUUCUCGGGCCGUGGACUACGACCUAGCAGCGUACCUGUAUCAGGAUCAAAUUCUCCUACAAGUCGUCCAUCAUCGCCAUUUGGGCCAGUAGAGGAUGAAUACGAGCUUAUGACAGUUAACGAAAUUAUUAAUGGACAGCAAAACACAUCUGACGGCUUUCCCGGCCUGAUACCACUAGUUGAGAGCUACCUUGAUAGUAUGAAUAUUGACGUCGAGACUAGGUGCGAAUUCGCCAGGUAUCUGGAUGUCAUUAGAAAGAGAGCAGACGGACGACUAUGGACGGCUGCAAGGUGGAUCAGACACUUCGUCCGCACUCACCCUGACUAUCAACAAGACAGCGUGGUGACGGAGGGCAUGGAAUAUGACUUGGUCAAAGCUGCCGAAGACAUCACUGUGCAUGAGGGAAAGAACGGGGUUGGUAUCGAGAUGUUCAGUACCAAGCGUUGAUUCAACUGUCGUUGAUGUUAUUGCCUUUUUUAUUGUAUUUACAUUGCAUGACAUGGUACACCCAACAGUGAAGGGAACAUCAAUCAAUGCAAGGUUACCUGGGUCGGCAUCUUCUACCACCGUAGCAUAGACCAUUGUUUCUGAGACGUAGGAGGUAGCGGGCCCUUGCUAGGAAACAAUAUUGCUCUUUUUACCG